UCUCUCACCGCCAAGGUUGUUUUGUCAAUUGACCGACUUGCAUUUGGAGGCAGUUCCUCUCCCACAACAUCAACCCGACAGACACCUCUCUCACCACUCCCUCACGACCUCUUUUUUUGAAGUGGUUCUUCUUGAUUGUCACUCCAUCCCACAUCCUCUCCGAAAUCCUUUGAACUAUUCUUGAUUGACCGACAACAUGCGUGAAAUCGUUCACUUGCAGACUGGCCAAUGUGGCAACCAAAUUGGUGCUGCCUUCUGGCAAAUCAUCUCCGGCGAACACGGUCUUGAUGGAUCAGGAGUGUACGUAUACUUGAGAUCUUCGACUGAACAUCAUCCUGACUUGCGCAGCUACAAUGGCACGUCCGAUCUCCAGCUCGAGCGUAUGAACGUCUACUUCAAUGAGGCAUCCGGCAACAAAUAUGUUCCCCGUGCUGUCCUCGUCGAUCUUGAACCAGGUACCAUGGAUGCAGUCCGAGCUGGUCCUUUUGGUCAACUCUUCCGACCCGAUAACUUUGUCUUCGGCCAGAGCGGUGCUGGAAACAACUGGGCCAAGGGUCACUACACUGAAGGUGCCGAGCUUGUCGACCAAGUUCUCGAUGUCGUUCGACGCGAAGCCGAAAGCUGCGACUGCCUGCAGGGUUUCCAGAUCACACACUCUCUUGGUGGCGGUACUGGUGCUGGUAUGGGUACAUUGUUGAUCUCCAAGAUCCGAGAAGAAUUCCCCGACCGAAUGAUGGCUACCUUCUCCGUCGUCCCAUCUCCCAAGGUCUCAGAUACCGUCGUGGAGCCAUACAACGCCACUCUCUCAGUCCACCAGUUGGUCGAGAACUCUGACGAGACCUUCUGCAUUGACAAUGAGGCUCUCUACGACAUCUGCAUGCGUACUCUCAAGCUGGCCAACCCUUCGUAUGGCGACUUGAACCACCUGGUCUCCGCAGUCAUGUCCGGUGUCACCACCUGCCUGCGCUUCCCCGGUCAACUCAACUCUGACCUACGAAAGCUCGCCGUUAACAUGGUUCCCUUCCCUCGUCUGCACUUUUUCAUGGUCGGCUUCGCUCCCCUGACCAGCCGUGGUGCCUACUCCUUCCGUGCCGUCACCGUCCCGGAACUUACACAGCAGAUGUUCGACCCUAAGAAUAUGAUGGCUGCUUCAGACUUCCGAAAUGGUCGCUAUCUGACAUGCUCAGCUAUAUUCCGUGGCAAGGUCAGCAUGAAGGAGGUUGAGGAUCAGAUGCGCAACGUCCAGAACAAGAACAACAGCUACUUCGUUGAGUGGAUCCCCAACAACGUUCAAACCGCUCUCUGCUCGAUUCCCCCACGUGGUCUGAAGAUGUCUUCGACCUUCGUCGGAAACUCGACCUCUAUUCAGGAGCUGUUCAAGCGUGUUGGUGACCAGUUCAGCGCCAUGUUCCGACGAAAGGCUUUCUUGCAUUGGUACACUGGCGAGGGUAUGGACGAGAUGGAGUUCACCGAGGCCGAGUCCAACAUGAACGAUCUUGUUUCAGAAUACCAACAGUACCAGGAUGCAAGCAUCUCUGAGGGCGAAGAGGAGUACGGUGAGGAGGAGGCUCCAUUAGAGGAGGAAGUCUAAACGAGUCUUCUCGUUCCCAAGACGAAAUAUGCCGCGUCAUUCAUAUCGUGGCCAUGGGGUGUGUUGCAUGUUGUGAGCUUCUUCUACUGGACCAUUGAUUGGUUUUGUUUGGCCACAACAGCAUUC